UGUUUCAUUGCCGUUUCCCCCCAUGGUUUCUGCUCUCCCAGAGUAACUUGGUGCUGGGCUCAGAUCAUUAUACAGUCCCAUAUUCUCCCUCCAUUAAGGCAUCUUUCUACCUUUUGGGCUGAACAGAAAUUCCCCCAAAACCCAAGAGGAAAGAGUCCAACUUUUGAGGGCGAUAUGGACAUGAAAAAGAGGAUUCACUUGGAGCUGAGGAACAGGACACCGUCUGAUGUACGAGAACUUGUUCUUGACAACUGCAGAUCAAAUGAAGGGAAAAUUGAAGGCCUUACAGCAGAUUUUGUAAAUCUUGAAUUUUUAAGUUUGAUAAAUGUUGGCCUACUCUCAGUUUCCAACCUUCCAAAACUUGGAAAGCUUAAAAAGUUGGAACUCAGUGACAACAGAAUCUCAGGUGGCCUUGAUGUUUUAGCUGAAAAACUCCCCAAUCUCACACAUCUAAACCUUAGUGGAAACAAACUGAAAGACAUCAGCACAUUGGAACCCUUGAAAAAGCUUGAUCAUUUGAAGAGUCUCGAUCUUUUCAAUUGUGAAGUCACAAACUUGAAUGACUACAGGGAAAGUGUGUUCAAGCUCCUUCCACAGCUCACAUAUCUUGAUGGCUAUGACAUGGAUGACCAAGAGGCAUCAGAUUCUGACGGAGAAGCUGACGGAGAUGGAGUCGAUGAUGAUGACGAUGAUGAUGAGGAAGGAGAAGAAGAGGAGGACGAGGAUGGAGAAGAGGAGGAGUUUGAUGAAGAAGAUGACGAUGAUGAUGAUGAAGUUGAAGGUGAAGAGGAUGAGGAGGAUGCCAGUGGAGAAGAUGAGGAAGAAGACUUUGGUCAGGAUGGAGAAGUAGAUGAUGAAGAUGAGGAUGAUGACGACGAUGAUGAUGAAGAAGAAGAGGAAGGAGGAAAAGGUGAAAAAAGAAAACGAGAAGCAGAGGAUGAAGAUGAGGAAGAUGAUGACGAGGAUGAUUAAGAGCCAAUGAACAACUCCGUUACCAACCCUUCCCUCCUUCUCCUUUUCAACAACUUGGCUAUCCCAUCAACCUUGCUACCCCUCCACCCCCUUUUUCUACCCAAGCGCUAAGCUCCCUGUGGGGGCAAGACUGUACUGGACGGGUGGAGCUGUGCAUAAGGAGCCUACGAGCUGAAUGAGAGCCUUCUGGAUCGGUGGCUUACUCAGCAUUCCACAAGUCUACUGUCAAUCCCCUGCCCGUUUGUGUUUCAAAACCUGUGGGGACUUUGGGGACUGGUAUUUAGUUUUGGGUCUGUGCUUUUAAUAUUUUGUUAAAAUGAUUUUUUUCUUCUUCUUUUUUGACAUUUCCUCCCCAUUUAGUUUUUGUUUUCCAAUUCCCAAUAAGAAUGCUAUAGCAAAUGUGUAACAAGCGAGCCAUAAUUUUAGUGUGGCAGUCUGUGGCACAAAUCAAGGUUGUAGCUACAUUUUUACUUUCUGUAAGACAAAAACAAACUUUGUAAAUAAAAUAACAUUUUGUGCUUUG